AUGUGCAUUAAGCUUUUCAGGUUUUCUAAUAUAAGGGCACUAAAACGAUUAUUUCCCCUCAAGGACUUCUCUGAAGACGAGGGGGUCCGUAUUGGAACUGUUUAUAUGGGGAUUGCGCCAGACGGGCAAACAAUUGCGGUGAAGAAACUUGCCGAAAAUACACCAAUCACGUGUGACAAAGUAUUCACUAACGAGGUUCAGAGUAUUAUGGCUCUGCAACUGCAUCAUGAAAAUGUAGUAAAGUUGGAGGGCUACUGCCAUGAAGCCCAAAAGAAAGUGGUGCAGAACAAUGGAAGAUAUAUUGUUGCAGACAUUGUUGAAAGUUUACUCUGCUACGAGUACUUGCCGCAGGGGAACCUUCAGAAGAAUCUUUUUGAAGUAUCCAAUGAUGGAAUGGACUGGGACACACGCUUCAAAAUCAUCAAGGGGAUCUACCAAGGUUUAGCCUUCCUACACAGCAUUAACAUUGUCCAUAUGGAUCUUAAACCUGAGAACAUAUUGCUGGAUGAUAAGAUGAUCCCGAAAAUUGCUGAUUUCGGUCUCUCGAGACUCUUCGGCCAAGAACAAACACGGAUGAAAACACAAAAUGUUGUUGGAUCGUAUGGAUACAUAGCUCCAGAAUAUCUCUACUAUGAUAACAUCUCCAUCAAGUUAGACAUAUACAGCUUGGGCCUAUUAAUUUUGGAGACCACCACAGUUGAGAAAAAUUGUUCCAACAACGAACCAUCCACAACGCAAUUUAUAAAAGGUGUACGUGAUAACUGGACGGAUGAGCACAUAGCCGAGAUAUGGCCAGGUAUACAUAGUGUUGAUGUGGAUCGCCUUGAGCAGAUAAAAGUAUGCGUCAAAAUUGGUCGCUCCUGCACCCGCGUGCGUCACCGCACGUGCACAGCCGCCACGCCUCCGUACGGAUUGCAGCGGCGUUUGCGUUGCGGGUGCACCAAACCAAAACAAAACGCGCAUGCUUCUCUGGCUGAUUGCCAGCCUAGCUAUUGCUAG